CCCGCGCCCGCCGCACGCCGCCUCGCCGCCGCCGCACCGCGGCAGUGCGCGACGCGCGAGGCUGUGCGGUAGACGACGGCGACGACCCUUCUGUCCCUGUGCGCGUGCAGGCUGCGAGGCGACACUCGGUGCAUUCGGUUAGCGCGGCGACUCGAGCGGCGCCAUGCGCUGGGUGGCGUGGGCGGUGGUGACGGCGGCGCUGGUGGCGCUGGCCGGGGCCGCGGCUCGCCGCACCGACCAGGACUUCGAGUUCGACGAGGAUGUGGAGGCGGGCGGCGCAGGCGGCGGCGCGGGCGCGGUGCGAGCGCCGCGGCGCUACGUGUAUGAACCACACAACUCGCUGUGCCGUUCGCUCGUGUGUAAGAAGCGCGAGGUGUGCGUGCUUCGUGACGCCUUCACAGCUCUCUGCGCCAGUAAGAAGGAUAUUCUUCGGAAAGGCGAUGUGAUAGUGACGGCGUCGACGUCGGCGUGGGAGGCGCCCGCGCGCGACGACGACGAAGAGGACGUGUUCUACGACAGCGGCGCGCGCGAGCCUCCCGCCGAGCCGCCCGCCGAGCUGCCCGCCGAGCCGCGCCCCGACCGCUGCGUGGGGUGCGGGGCGCGCAGCCGCGGCCAGUUCCUGUGCGGCUCCGACAACCGCACCUACUCGUCGCUGUGCCGCCUCGACCUGCACAACUGCGUGCACCGCGCGCGCCGCCCCGUGACGCUCGCGUGCCGCGGCUUCUGUCCGUGCGCCGCGCCGCCGCCCGCCGCCGCGCCGCCGCCGCCCGCGCCCCGCCGCCCGCACCGCGCACGCGUACGGCCACCCUCGCCACGACUCGACUAUCACUAUGACGACGAAUGGCGACGUAGAAAAUCUGAAUCGUCCCAUAAUGAAGUGCUGCCGGAGAGAUCAGCGCGGAGAAGAUUUUCGCAAGGUCCCGAGGGUUGCGCAUUGGAUAAGAUGGCGAACAGACUACUCGACUGGUUUUCCGUUUUGAUGGACGAAGCUGGAGAGAUGGCUCCCCCAGAAGACGGGUUUCCUGAAGAUUGCAAGCCGGAAGUGCGUUGGAUGUUCGUCCACCUGGACACGGACGGCGACGGGUCGCUCUCCGCGACCAACCUCUACUCGCUCCGUCACGACGAGCGCGAGCGGUGCUUGCGGCCGUUCCUGUCGUCGUGUGGCGGCGGCGCCGGAGUGUCGCGCGCCGCGUGGUGCGCGUGUCUGCGUCGCGCCGCGCGGCCCUGCACCGCGCUAGCGCGGGCGCACCCCGACCCGCACCCCGGUGCGUACGUGCCGGCGUGCGACGCGCGCGGGUUCUACCGGCCGCGGCAGUGCCACGCGGCGCUGGGCGUGUGCUGGUGCGUGGACCCGCACGGCGUGGAGGUGCCCGGCUCGCGCGCCAAGGGCUCGCCCGCCUGCCCGGGCGAGAAGCCCAGCCUGGGGCGCGAGCGCGAGCACGAUGAGAGUGCAGGCGGUGAGGGUGCGGGUGGUGCGGGGGGCGGGGGGGUGCGGGCGGCGCGCCCGACGACGACGAGGACGGCGCCAGCGGCGACCGCGAGCUGCGAUACUAACGCGCGCCGCCUCGCCCGCCACCACGUCCCGCGCCAGCAACCUGCCGGCGGCGCCCACUGCGGUGGAGAAUAUUUUACGGCCGAUAUCUUGCAGUAGAUUUAUUUUAUGCGUUCAGAGAGAAUAUUAAAAUGUAGUAGGUAUUUGCUUAGGAAGGCAGGACCCAUUAGUAAUGCACGUAAUCCCUCGCGAUUGAACGAGGAGCACACAAAAAUCGCGCGGGUUCCUGGCCAGGCUCGGUGGAUCCGCUGCGUUGCUGUUGUCCGUACACUUUACUUACAAAAUAUAGGUACAGUAUUUUGUAGUUAUUUGGCGCCUCUCACGAAUAAUAGUUUAGCGGCAAACAACUUGACUUUUCUGACAAAUCCUACAUAUAUUCCGGACGUUAGUCCAAAACUAUCUCGACCUGGUGUUCUUGUAAUAGCUGGUACUAACGUAUACCUACUGUUUAUAUAGCAUAUAACUAUAGGAAUCACAUGCAACUAGAAUAUUGUUAGAAGCACAUAAUACGUACCUAGUAAAAGCAAUAUACUUAAAUGAGUAUACGCAUCAAUUGCCUGACCUCAUUGGCUGACAAUGUUCUCAUCGACUCAUUUUGCAUCAGAGCUUUCGACGGCCUGCAAUCCAGCAGAUGUUAACUUAGUAUUAAAAUCGCAAUAAAUUUGUUCCUGAGUCUCCAUUACUGAAUACUCGGUGACCGCUGACCUGCUCGCCACUCGGCGGCUGCGCCGUGCUGAGUUGCCUGUUUGCGCGAGCGUAGAACAGCUAAUUAUAAUUAUGGUGAGCGCUCGCGCAGGCGCAGCGCGGUGGUCGUGACGCACGCCGCGUCACGACCACCGUUAAAAACAAUACACGUACAUAAUAUUUCUUAUACUUAACCUAUGCUAUACUCCGUGGUCUCUAUAUGCUCGAUUUGUGAAUUUUAUUAUGAGUAAGUACAUUGGUUUCAAUCUUGAUGUGGUAAUGCUGUUUUCUCCGACUACAAUAUUUAACUAGUACAGUUAAGCCUAGAGGGGAUGAACAAAUUAAAAACUUUAAAUAGGCUAUUUACGUUAAGCUUAAUUGAAAUAUUUUUUCUUAGUGAGAAGUAAGUAGUUCGUUUUUGUGAAGAUAAAUUAUAUUUUUAAGAAUUCAAAAGUGUACUCAGGUACAGUUGAUAUGAAGUUUUGAAUUUGUUCAGGCUACUUAUGUGAGUGACAUUAUUAUGCUGUUACAGUGGGUAACUCCCAAGCAUUUAUUACGAAUAUUUUCCAUCGACGUGAGCGUCACGUGACCGCCGCGGUUCGCAGGUACUUGCGCUGUUUUAUCCUCCGGCUGCUACUCUUAUUUAUCUUUUAACAAGAAGGCCUAAAUAUAAAUUGAAAGUAAAAGGAGGCGUUAAUGUCCUAAAAUACUCAUGUUACAAGAAUGGAGCCUUGACUAGUUCUGUAUGUAGUGUAAUGUUUUUUCUAAUACAUAUAUUUAAUAGUGAAUAAGCUUAUGAAUGUUCGAUAUUACUAGUUAAAUAAUUAGAUUUAAUAGCUGUUGCUGGUACAGUUAUGUCUCUGCCUGAGCCUGUCCUCGGUGCAACACUUGUAACAUCGGGCCGAGCAGACGAGCGCGCACAUGUCAUCUCACAUCUCAGUGCUCCCCGUCGCCGCGUGUGUACACUAGUGGCCGGCCCCGUCCACCGGCUCCUGAGUCAUAUUAUGUAAUUGUGCUGCGUCGUUUGUAUGAUAAGUAACUAUUUACCGGACGUUGUAUGCCAUACAGGUACUUGUAGAGACCGACACACUGUUAGAUAAUUAUUUGCACUUUUUUAAAUUUCACAGAAUUUUACAAUAAAGCCUGUAUGUAUAUGA